GUCUCCACUAUAUAUUUUUAUCGGCAAAAAUUAGAAAAAGUAGAUAAGUUGCAUGAAACUGCUGAUAGGUUUCUUUAAUCUGUUUAAAAGAUGCCCCACAAAUGAAUCGUUCAAUAAGGAUAUUCAAUAGUAAAUUUUUCUUUCAUUUGUGAAGAGUCAUGUGAAUUGUAAGAUAGACAUUAUGAAGCAAGAAAAGUUGCUAACCGAUAGAGAAAAAGGAGGGAUGGUUCAUCUGCUUCAACGGAAUGAGAAACAAUUGACAUUCUAUGAGAAAAAAUUUUUGCUCUGUUCGGAACGUGGUGAUAUAGCCGCAGUUAGAGAUUUAUUGAAUACUCAUAAAAAUAAUCCACGUUUCGAUAUAAACUGCACGGAUCCUGUUGGAAGGAGCGCUUUGGUUGUAGCAAUCGAAAAUGAAAAUUUAGAUCUGAUAGAGAUCUUGUUGAAGCAUAACAUUCGAACGGGAGAAAGUCUUCUCCAUGCCAUUAAUGAAGAAUAUGUUGAAGCAGUCGAGAUAUUACUUCAACACGAAGAAAAAAUACACACGAAUGAUCAACCUUACAGUUGGGAAAUGGUAAAUAGAGAAAUAGCAACUUUCACUCCAGAUAUUACCCCAUUAAUCCUAGCUGCCCAUAAAGAUAAUUAUGAAAUUUUGAAACUUUUAUUGGAUCGUGGAGCAUCUCUUCCUCUUCCUCACGACGUACGAUGUGGAUGUAAUGAUUGCGUUGUUUCUAUCGAAGAAGACUGUCUAAGGCAUUCUCAAUCUAGGAUCAAUGCUUACAGAGCUUUGACUUCUCCUUCUUUAAUAACUCUUUCUAGUAGAGAUCCUAUAAUAACCGGGUUCGAGUUAAGUUGGGAGUUGAAAAAGUUAUGUUCUAUGGAAAAAGAAUUUAAAAGUGAAUAUACGGAAUUGAGGGAUAAAAUUCAAGAAUUCGUCACUUCUCUCUUAGAUUAUACCCGUAAUUCUUACGAACUCGAAGUAAUUCUAAAUUAUGAUCCGUGUGGUUCUUUAUAUCAACCUGGACAGCCCAUGAAAUUAGAACGUCUUAAAUUAGCAAUUAUCUACAAACAGAAAACGUUUGUAGCUCAUCCAAACGUGCAACAGCUUUUAGCAACUGUGUGGUAUAAAGGUAUGCCCGGGUUUCGAAGGAAAAGCAUGAUUGGACAAUGCUUGGUUUUAUACAAAUUGGGCAUAAUGUUUCCAAUUUAUUGUUUGGCCUAUAUCGUAGCUCCUUGGAGUAAAAUGGGCAAAACUAUGAAGUAUCCUUUCUUGAAAUUCAUUUUUCAUUCUUCAUCUUAUUUUCUUUUUCUUUUUCUUUUAAUUUUGGCUUCUCAGAGAGUCGAAACUUUGGUUAUCGAAAUAUUUGGAACGCAAAGUAUGAGAGAAUGGGUUAAAAUACAGCACAAACAAGAACGUGGAAAGCUUCCUGGAGUCGUGGAAACAGGAAUCAUGAUAUACGUCCUGGGAUUUAUCUGGUGGGAGAUUAAACAGCUAUGGAAUUCUGGAUUACAAGAAUAUGUGAAUAAUAUGUGGAAUAUCUUGGAUUUUAUUACCAAUACAUUAUAUUUUACGUGGAUAACACUCCGUGCUGUUGCUUGGUAUCGAGUUCGGAAAGAAUUAGAAAUGGGAAUAGAUGCGUAUCAACCUCGUGAGAAAUGGGAUCCCUAUGAUCCUAUGUUGAUAUCUGAAGGAAUGUUUGGAGCAGCUAAUAUUUUCAGUUUUUUGAAGAUGGUCCACAUAUUUUCCGUUAAUCCAUACUUGGGACCGUUACAAAUCUCUUUAGGAAGAAUGGUUUACGAUAUCAUCAAAUUCUUCUUCAUUUAUACUUUAGUAUUAUUUGCAUUUGGUUGCGGUAUGAAUCAGUUGUUGUGGUACUACGCUGAUCUUGACAAAACUAAGUGCUAUUUUGGCCCGACUGGACACAAUGAAGACAGUCGAUCCUGCGAGAUAUGGAGGAGAUUUGCAAAUUUAUUUGAAACAUCUCAAAGCUUAUUUUGGGCAAGUUUUGGAUUGGUAGACAUUCACAAUUUCGAUCUAACGGGAAUCCAGGAAUAUACAAGAUUUUGGGGACUUUUAAUGUUUGGAAGUUACUGUGUCAUCAACGUUGUAGUUUUGCUCAAUCUUCUUAUCGCUAUGAUGAGCAAUUCCUAUCAAAUAAUAUCGGAAAGAUCGGAUAUCGAAUGGAAAUUUGCCAGAAGUAAAUUGUGGAUGAGUUAUUUUGAAGAUGGUAGCACGGUUCCUCCUCCUUUUAACAUCAUACCAUCAUUUAAAUUUUUUCAAAGACUUUUUGGCUUGAAGAAAAAGCUCAAAUCUAUGUCUAUAAAGGUUAAAGAAGCGGAAGACAGAGAUUUCCAAUAUGAAAAUAUUAUGAGAUGUUUGAGUAGACGUUACGUGACUAAACAGCAGAGAAAAGCAGAAAUAACAAACAUAACAGAAGAUCAUAUCAGUGAGGUAAAGCAGAUUAUUCACACCUUCAGAUCGGAGCUCUUUGAUAUCUUGAAGGAUAACGGGAUGAAGUGUACUCAUUCUGCUAACGACAAAGAAGCCGGUAGAAAAGAAAGACUAAGGGAAAGAAGAUUACUAAAAGAUUUCAACAUUGGCCUAGUCGAAAGUGUAUUCGAAGAUAUAAUAGAAGAGCAAUUGAGGAGAAAAUCAAUUAACGUCACCAAACAAAUAUCUAGUAAUAAAAUGAAAGCUAAAAGAAAUUGGGCUGCUCUAGUAGCAGCUUCGAAACAGAAUCAAAUAGGUAAAAGUAAAUCAUCUUCGAGUGAUAAUAGCUUAAUAGCUGUUGGCUACGCGGAUUUGUCAGAAGAAGAUCCACAAAUAAGAAGGAUGAUAGUUUUAAAAAGAUUCGCUAGCAUCGCUAGAAGAGCUAGAUUAAUGUUAGAUAACAGUUCAAGAGAGGUAAUGGACGAAAAUUCAGAAGUUUUAACUGAAAAAACUUCAUUUAAAGAAUAUAAUUCAACCGAAUUAGAAGAUAAUACAGCUAAAGAAAGUUUAUCAUCAAUAAAUACUUCCCCUAAAGAGAAAGUCGUGAUAGUUCACAGGCAACCGGAAGUAGCGAUUGAAAUGGAAGUGGCGGAACAACCAUGUGUUUUUGAAAGCAAUACAAACUGUCUAAGUGAAACAAACGAUGACACAAUUAAAUCGGAAACAUCUAACCAACCAAUCAAAGAUAACGAAACAAUGGAUAUGACUCAUUGUAAUUUUAACUGUAAUAAAGUAUCGGCAACACCGACAAAGAAACCAACUUCUAGUUGGUUUUAAACAUUGGGUCUAUCCCUAAAUAAUUAUAAUAUCAGAAUUAUUAUAAACUGCUAUUGUUAUUAUUAUUAUUAUUUUAAAAAUAGAUUUAAUUUCUUAUUAAAAUGUAUGCUUUUAUCGAAACCAGAUGGCACCAGUUCCUCCGUUUGAAGUGAUGAUCAAUACGAAUUUUUGAAUUAUUACGUGAUAAGUUUGGUUGGAGAAUUAAAUCUCGGUUGGUUGUACUCGGCGCCACUCAGGGUGAAUUCUUAAUUAAAAUUUAAACUGCUUCCUUAAUUACAUUCAAAACGCUUGUGACUUAGAAUAUAU